UUCUCUCUCUGUUUCUCUCUCUGUUUCGCUCUUUCUCUUUCUGUUUCUGUUUCUCUCUCGCUCUCUCUCUCUCUCUCUCUCUCUCUCUCUCUCUCUCUCUCUCAUUAUCUCUGUUUCUCUCUCUCUCUCUGUCCUCUUUUGCUCUCUUUCAUUCUACACACUCCGGAAGCAUAUGUCACCUCGCUCAAAAAGGAAUUGCCUCCUUCUCCUCUCUCCUUUUUCUCAUCAAUAGCUUCUUUUUAUUUUCCCAUCCACCUUACUAUCCUUCCGUUCUCUUCGGUUCUCCUCUGUUCUCUUCGGUUCUCUUCCCUUCUUUCUAAACCGAGAACCAUGUUCUAUUUCCAGCUGGUGAUCAUGGCUGGGACGGUUCUCCUGGCGUACUACUUUGAGUACACAGACACGUUCCCCGUUCACGUCCAAGGGUUCUUCUGUUUUGACAAGACCUUCUCCAAACCGUACCCCGGACCCGAGGACGACAGCAAGGCGCCGCCGGCACUGGUCUACUCUCUGGUCACCGCUAUCCCCACUGUCACGAUUCUGAUUGGAGAGGUGACAACGUUCUUUGUGAAAGCGGAGGGGGCUCAGGAGAAGACCAUUGUGACGGCUGACUGCUGUUACUUCAACCCCCUCCUCCGCAGGAUAGUACGCUUUCUGGGCGUCUACUCCUUUGGCCUCUUCGCCACCACCAUCUUCGCCAAUGCAGGCCAGGUGGUGACAGGAAACCAGACCCCUCACUUCCUGUCUGCCUGCCGCCCCAACUACACAGUCUUGGGCUGCCAGUCCCCCAUGCAGUACAUCACAGAGCGCCGCGCCUGCACUGGGAACCCCUACCUGGUUGCGUCUGCACGCAAGUCCUUCCCCUCCAAGGACGCGGCCCUCAGCAUCUACUCUGCUGUCUACACAGUGAUGUACGUGACGCUGGUGUUCCGUACAAAGGGCACUCGGCUGACCAAGCCCACCCUGUGUCUGACCCUCCUGUCCCUGGCUGUGCUGGUGGGGGUGGUGAGGGUCACGGAGUACAGGAACCAUUGGGGUGACGUCCUGGCUGGAUACCUGACCGGAGGGGCCAUCGCUGCCUUCCUGGUGACAUGUGUGAUCAACAACUUCCAGCAGACGGCGUCAGCCCUGCCCCCGCCCCCCCAGCGCCCUCAGCCCCCCCACGGCAUGCUACUGUCCACCCUACCUCGCGUGGAGAGUCCACUUGAAAAGUUCCAAGACUACCGUACACUGAGAUCACAUGACCAUCAGCCAUACCUGUGCCCCGCCCCUCCCGAUGUGCUCCUCCCCUCGCGGCGCUUCAUCUCCAGCGAAGUCUAGACUUGCCAUCCAUCUCUGAGCACCACGCCCCCUGCCCUGCCCACCCUGAGGGGCGGCUCCCUCUCCGACGCUCGUUCUCCACCCAGGUCUAGAACAUGGAACCUAGAACCUAAAUCACCCAGAUCCAACCUCAAAACAACCUUACCUGGGAGGGACUACCUGGACUUGUCCAAUAAGAAAGGCUUGUUUUCGUUUCCGUUGCAAAACAUUUUGCUACGGUGUGCAGUAAUGAAUACGACCCUGAAGUAGGUAGAAGUUUACCCUAACCAUUAUUACAUGGUCAAAUAUCUUGUCAUCCUUGUAUGGUUAGGGUUGGGGGUAAGUGGAAUCUGAUCCUAGAUCUGUGGUUAGCCUCCAUCACCAAGGAGACGACCCAGGCCACGGCCAUGGUAACCGGCUAAGUCCUCUGCGGGCUAAACGGAUUUGAUCGGAUAUGGCGUCUUUUAACCUCUGUCUGUCUCGACCUUGUUCAUCAAAUGUUUUUUUUGCCUCCCACUUGAUUUUUUUCCAAGAUGACCCAGUGGUGUACAAAUACAAGCUCACCAAAGCCAAGACUACUAAGAGCUGUGGAAGCAAUUACAGUACCUUUCCCUCCGCCACAGUUCUAUUGUUUUGUCUUCACUUCUCCUUUUGGGUCUCCUCUUUUUCUUCUUCUUCUACUCUACUUUCAUGUACAGACAGAGAAGUCUUCUUCUACUCUACUUUCAUGUACAGACAGAGAACACUAAACAGUGGUUGAACGACACAGAAAGAGGGGCACGGUGCAUAAAAAUAAACAAAACACAGUGGAAAGAUGAGAUCAAUAUACAGUACCGGUCAAAAGUUUGGACACACUUAC